CAAAUCUACCUCGCUCCAACUCUCCAAACUCGUACCUGACGAUGCCUGAGCGUUCAACUCUACCUAUCUUCCAGCAGUCUUUACCCAGCAUUCUAUGAUUUAUACCCGUGAGCUGUAUAAUAAUGUCUGACUCGGUUCUGAAUUCAUCCAGUAUCUACUAGGGAAAACCAAACAGUAAAUGCAGAAAGAUCCAGUGUUGUUUGAUAACAUAAUAAUUGUAAAGGAAAGUGUAACACGUUUUGGUGCAAAGAUUACAAAAUGAGUAAAAUCAGAUGUAUUCGUCCAUUCAAAGACAUUCAGUGUUCGAAAGAGCUGCGAUAUCUCACGGAUGGUAUCAUCCAAAAACUAAAGUCAAUUGGAUUUUCCAAGGUAUCCACACUGAACACCAAGGAUUUUCGUAUUUGUUCGUCUUGCCGUCUACAUAUUGAUUCAAGAGCUCACCUCACCCAAAACGAAGAACAAAGCGUAGCCGGUGGCUCAAGGAUGCCAACUGUUCAGACCAUACCUGUUGUACCUGAUUCGCAAAGCUAUGGAAGUUUGGUCACGAUACCAUCAGCGUCAACGCUAAGCACAAUUCAAUCAAAUGAAGACUUCACGAUGCCUGUAGACGUCGAAAUAUUCAACCGAGGAAUAACAGCUAUUCGUGUUUCGCCUAUAGAUUUAGGUAAGGUUAAAAAUGUUCACUAUCCUGAAAAAAAGUGCGCUGAAAUCGUCGAAGGUGUACGAAGAAAUCUUUUUAAAUUAGACGCUAAAACAGAAAAAGCAAACGAGUUUAAUGAAGUCAUAGAAAAUAUGAAAAUUAAAUUUUUAAAUUCAGCCACAAGGCAAGAAAAACUAUCAAUUUUAUCAUUGUUACCAAAAUCAUGGUCAGUACAAAAAAUUGUAGACGAAUUUAAAACUAGUAGAAAUAUGGCAUCAGAUGCAAGAAAGGAAAAAAAUAAUGCAUUAGAUUCAUCUCAAGGUUCAAGCUCUGGAAAAGCUUUGAGUAAUGAAACAAAAGAACUGGUUUUGAAUUUUUUUGAGGACGAUGAUAUAAGCCGUGCAAUGCCAGGCCAAAGAGAUUUUGUUAGCGUAAAGACAGGAAAUAAGAGAUUAGCUGUUCAGAAAAGAUUGUUAAUGAUGACAUUAAGAGAAGCUUUUAAUCGCUUUAAGUGUACGUCAAUGUAAAAAUAGGGUUUUCAUCAUUUGCAAGCCUCCGGCCAAGGCAAUGUAAACUAUUGACUAUCACAGGAACACAUAAUGUUUGCGUUUGCACUACGCAUGAAAAUGUCAAUUUAAUUCUACAUAGCUUAAAAAAAUACAAUGUCUUGAAUGAUCUAAAAACAUUAACGAAUAGAUUACUUUGCGAAAAUAAGACAACUCAUUGCCAUCUACGAAGAUGUAAAAACUGCCCAGAUACCUCAGUUUUAGAAGACAGUUUAUUGAAACAACUUUGUUGAAAACCUUUCAUUCGAACAAUGGGUUACCACUGACAGAUGUGAUUUAGAAACUAUUGUAAAGCAAACCGAUGACUUUGUUACAUUUUUCAGCUCAAAAUUAGAAAGUUUGAUUCCGCAUGAUUUUGUAAAAACCGAACAAUCCAAUUUUUUGAAAACUACAAAACAAAACUUGCAAGAUAAUGAAUUU